AUGUAUCGGGGUGUGUGUGUGUCGGUUCCCCUGCUGACUCUACUGGUACUGACACUUGUGGUGCCCAUGGGCCAGGCCUGCCCCAGGAGCUGUAACUGCUACCAGGCCAAUGAAGUCCACUGUACCUUUCGUUCCCUGCUCAGCAUACCUUCUGGCCUCCCUAUACACACACGCCGCAUAAACUUUGGAUUCAACAGCAUCAGCACAAUACAUGCCAGUUCUUUGGCUGGGCUAAAGAAGGUGGAGCUCCUGAUGCUCCACAGCAAUGACCUCCACCAUCUGCCAGAUGAAGCAUUCAGAGAUUUGAAAUCACUACAGAUACUAAAGCUGAGUUAUAACAAGCUUAGAGAGAUCUCUUCAUCUCUAACCUUCUCUGGCCUGACCUCCCUGCUGCGUCUGUACUUGGAUCACAACCGCCUCCAGCACAUCCACCCCCGGGCGCUGCUCCAACUGCCGAGCCUCAGGCUGCUGCGUCUGCAAGGGAACAGGCUGCAUCAACUGCACCCUCGCACUCUGUGCACACUGUCCCUCCUGAAUACAUAUUACUUCUCUACACUCAGACACCUAGACUUGUCCAACAACAGUCUAACAACUCUGCCCAGAGACACAUUAGCAACAGCACCUCUGCUAGAGACUCUUGUGCUGCAGGCUAACCCUUGGAGUUGUGACUGUAGGAUGAACUGGUUUCUCACUUGGAGUCUGGCACAUCCAGGCUUAAUGAAAUGUCCCGGCGGCCCUCAGUGUCCAAUCUGUGCCUCGCCCGAUUCCCUUCAAGGUCAAGGCUUGCUUGAGCAGACUGACCCCUUGUGCAGCUCGCCUGUUAUCGCCUCCCCAGGAAGAGACACACCUUUGGAGACCGAACAUAGUGAAAUCCAAACCAGUGAAUCCUUUAGAGAACCUUUAGGCACUGCCUCUCUGGGUCUGUCUGAUCAACAAGGGAACAGCGUGGAUCUGGUUUGCAACUUCACUCACUCUGAUUCCCAGGAUAUUGCUCCACCUCCAGAUCUCUCUCUUUCCUCCUCUUCCCCUCUCCCCCUCUCUCUCUCACUCUCCCUGGAAUGCCCUGUGGAGAGACAGAGCUAUGAGACACUUUGGAGGAUCCUAGCGUACUACAGUGAGACUGCGGUUCGUCUGGAGAGGCACAUCAUGCUGAGUAAAGCCCCAGCAUUGGCUUACCGCUACAGGCAGGCACCAGAGACAGAAGGACAUUAUCACACUGGAGUCCAAUCUUCCAUUAAAGCCAGACCACAAUGGUUACUACGGCCAGCCAUCAGCAUUCAGCUAAACAGAGCACAGUCUAACAGACAUAAAGUUCAACUUAUCUACUCAACAAGAGUUUCUGCUCAUCCUGACCCUGCUUCUCAUCCCUCAGCAUCCUCCGCUUCCUCACACCCAUGGGUGCUGAUUUCAACUAAUCAGACCGCCACCGAACUUGCAACAGUAGUAGGUAGUAAGGUGGAGCUAUCAUGCCCUCUUUUAAGUUCUGGUAACCCCAAAGUACAGUGGGUUCAACCGGAUGGAUCCAAGCUCAUCUCCCCCUCAAGCAGCUUAGAUGGUAGGCUCCAGGCUUCAACCUCUGGUUUACUUAUUCAUAAAGUGCAGCUCUCAGAUGCAGGGAUCUAUUACUGCAUAGCACGGGCAGGCAAGGAUGUAGACGUUCUCCCCCUGCGCCUGGCAGUGGAGGAUUCCUCUUUUCCCCCUUCAGGAGAGCAAGUGGGACCUCCUGUCACAGCAACUGUUGGUAAACCUAUCAGUCUAUCCUGCAAGGCUUUUGGUUCACCAGCGCCUCAUAUAAAUUGGGUGUUACCAGAUGGAAACUUAGUACGGCAGGGAUUAGCUGUAUCAGGUGGGCUCAUUUUACAAUCAAAUGGGAGUCUCUCUCUGCCUAACCCUUCUCUGAGGGAUGCUGGUCAUUACCGCUGCAUUGCAGUCAACCAGUAUGGUAGUGAUUUUCUGUCCAUUCAGCUUGAAUUAAAUUCAAGACAUCCCCCUCCAGUUAGGACUUCAUUUCCCACAGGGCCACAGUCAGCUGCUGGCCGGUCAACCCAGAUACGAGCUCCAUUACAAGAAGAAGAAGGGUCUGGCGAUGUGGCGGAAGAAGGAGAGAGAAUUCUUGCUGGCAGGAAGCGUCCAAGACCUCUUCAACCUUCCCCAAACAGACGUCUUCCAAUUGGAAAACCCGUAAGACGUGGACCUAUGAGAGAAGGCGCCCUGAGAAGAGGAGGAACGCCUACAUCAUCCACUGACCAGAGAAGAAACCGCUUUAAGAACAGACAUAGGGUUACCACAAACAAACAAAGGAUAGACCCUAAAAAAUGGGCUGAUCUCUUGGCUAAGAUUCGACAAAAGACUGUUGCCACUAAUGAAAGCGAGCCUGUUGAUGAAGCAAAGCCGACAGCUGAAGCUGUGGAAGGAGGCCAAGAUGGAGACACAGGUAGAAUUGAAGGACUUGAGGAUACAGAGAGAGGUAGAUCUGAAGGAGCAGGGGAGGAAGCAGAAACUGAAGGGUCAUCUCUUGAUGAGAUUGAUCUACAAGAGGAAGGCCUUCAGCAAAUGUACCCUGUCAACAAAGAAAUGCUAACACACACAGAUACAAAUACAGACACUGAAACAGACACAGAGAUAAAGACCGCAACAGAAUCAACAGAAACACAGACAAAUAUAGAGAACGAGACAGAGAGUGAGACAGCGAAAGCAACUCCACAGACAGAGUCAGUGACAAACACAGAGACACAGAAAGAAGCAGUCACAUUGAAGCCAAUGUCAGCAGCAAAUGAAAUUGUCCCAGAACCAGGUGAAGGGGAUGAGCCAGAAGCAAACACCAACCCAUCUAGAACCAAGCCUCAAAACCACCGGGAGGGACUCUUCCCUAAUUUGGUACCCAAUUCCCGGCCUCAAAGCCCUUGGAACUCUCGCAGGAGGAUCGGACAGCGAAGACGAAUCAUCAACAGGCCCAGGGGGCAUCCUUUGACCCCACGCCGACCUAUCCCUGAACCUACAAACCCGAGGUCACAAACUGAGACACCUGUCACUACAACAGAUCAAAUUAAUAUGUUGAUGCUGGUGUCAACAACCACAUCUCCAGUCAUGUUGUUGACACGGAGUGACCAUAUUGAGACUACUUCAAAUGAUGUGGUACUGAAUUCUCAGUCUUCCACUAUCUCUAAUACUGUUGGUAUCUCCACUUCUGCCACCCCCUCAUUGACUCCCUCUUCCUCCUCUAUCACCUCAUUAUCCCCCUCUCACACGAAGAUACAUAUAGACAUGGUGACUCACCCAGCCAACAUCCCAGACACUGCAAAAUCCACUCUCUUCAACACACUAACACCAGCACCCACUCACUCGGAUGCUACGGUCGUGCAGACACAUUCGCCUAACACACACGCCAAGACUUCGACACAUGGCAUACAGACUCACACAAAAACACACACAUCUUUAGGCAAACAUGUUGAUGAACCUUCAAGUGAUCCCAAUGUUGUGCUCGAGAGGAAUUUGUCAAGUGAACCAUAUGUGUCCCACUCCUCCAUCUCUCUCUCGCCCAGUCCUUCCUCCAUUGUUUCCUCCACUGUUUCCUCCACAGUCCCCAGUACAGCUACAACUACUACUGCAAAACUCCACACUACUCCUUUUACCUUUCUCAAAAUAAUACAUACUAAUUCUGCUGAAAGUGUUACAAGUAUAUCUUCCACUACAGCUAAUGAGGACACACGUCCCAUAGGAACAACACAUAUUGCUUUGAAUAUAAUUCCCAAAAUGUUUACUACAACUACCAGUAUUAUCCCUACAUCUAGCACUACCAGAAGUACUACAACUGCUCUUACCUCUACUACUUCUUCCACAACACCUGAUAGUAUAUCUUCCACUACAGCUAUUGAGGACACACGUCCCAUAGGAACAACACAUAUUGCUUUGACUAUAAGUCCCAAAUUGUUUACUACAACUACCAGUAUUAUCCCAACAUCUAGCACUACCAGAAGUACUACAACUGCUUUUACCUCUACUACUUCUUCCACAACACCUGAUAUUACAUCAACUUUUCCAACUACCACUACUACUUUUUCAAUUAGCCCUUCUACUACUACUAUAACUACUGCUACUAGUACUACAAUCUCAUUCAAGACUAUCCCCGCAACCCCUCAUCCUACUACCACUGCUACAACUACUACUCCUACUAGUACUAGAAUUGUCACCUCAGUGAAACCUCCUUCAACAACUACAACGGCAGCUACACCCAGUAAAUCUUCAACUACAACCACUACAAUGAUCACAACAAGUACAACACAAUCACCCAGAGAGAGGCCAAGCGUUGUCAACGUUGAUCCCAGAGGGAGGCCUAAUUCUGGGGGUUCAAACCAGAAUCGACCCUCUAUUGACUGGAGGAACCCUGGAACUAAUUCUAUUCCAGAUUCAGACAGCAGCCGGCCUCAAUGGCCCCCCUCCCCUUCACUCCCGGCUGCCCCUGAGGUCCCAGUUGUGAGAUCCAGACCGAGGAUUGCAGACCCGCACAUCAGGACAGUGUCGGUCCCAGCAGAGAGCACUGCCAGGCUGGCUUGUGAAGCUCAAGGCGAGCCAAAGCCCUCCAUCACAUGGACCAAGGUCUCCACAGGAGCGGUGAUGUCAAUUAUCUCCAAGGCAGAGCGUUUUGAGGUCCUGCCAAAUGGCACUCUAGUUAUCCAGAAUAUUCAGCUGCAGGACAGAGGCACAUACAUCUGCAGUGCACAAAGCUUUCUGGGUCGCGACAGAUUGCUAGCCAACCUGGAGGUGUGGACACGCCCCCCUCGGAUGCAGCUGGCCAGCUACAGAGAAGUUACCAUUCAUCAGGGUGGAGAGGUGCACUUGCAGUGCCAGGCGGAUGGUGUUCCCAGCCCUCUGCUCUCCUGGGUUUUGCCUGAUCGCUCUGUCCUGACCUCCAGCGCUGCCUCCACCAGUCGAAUUAUUAUGGACACGAAUGGUACCCUCCAUAUACCAAUAACUUUAACCGGUGACAGAGGCGUGUACCGCUGUGUGGCUUCCAACUCAGCAGGAGCAGCCAGUGCCUCAGCGCGUGUACAUGUGUCGUCCUUGCCCCCUGUUAUACAGCAAGCCAAAGAGGAACACCUGCUUUUGUCUCCUGGGAGGCCUGUUUAUGCUCACUGCUCUGCCAGGGGAGCCCCGACACCAACUCUGCGCUGGCGAAUUCCAGAUGGGACUAUAGUCCGCCAAUCCCAGUUUCUUCAUGGCAACCUUUUCGUCUUACCCAAUGGGACACUGCAUAUUCGAGGAGUUCGGCCUAAGGACUCAGGGAAUUACGAAUGCAUAGCAAGCAAUGCUGUUGGAGCCGAUAAGAGAACAGUUAGGUUAGAAAUUGAAGGGUCAGCAGAUGGAGAAAGAAGCCAGAGUGAAGCUGUUGAAAAAACAUCUUCUUCACUAAAUAAAGACAGAACUUUAUCUAUCCCUAGCCACCCUUCAAAUCCAUUCAACUCAGCUAGACUCCCCGCUUCAUCGCCCCAUGAUAGAUCCCGGACCUUGCCGCUCAACCCCAGUUCUUCUCGCUCAUCUUUUUACCCUCGCCCACCCACUGCCACUAACUCACUUCCUAAAAUCAAUAAAACAGUCACUGCCUACCCCACACACUUGAGCAACAUCAACAAAACAAAGCUCUCCCCUCUCUCCCCAUCCUCCACAAUGCCUACAAAUAACACCAAAAUCUCGCCUGGCAUUGUAAAUAACACAAAAGUUAUUUCUCCUCCCCCCUCGAAAAAAUAUACAGCCUCAGCUGUUUUGCAUCCCUCGCCUGUCUCACCCUUCAGUAAAGCCCUUAUUGUCUCUACAUCACCCUCCAGCUCCACUGUCCACUAUGGGUUAUUCUUGCAGCUCCACUGCUCUGUAACUGGAAACCCAGCACCUAUCAUCAUUUGGAGGACCCCUAUUAGGAAACUGGUGGACGUGCAUUACAGUUUUGACCCUCGUUUGAAGGUGCACCCUAAUGGAACUCUGUCAAUCCGAGCAUUAACAGAGAAGGACGCUGGUGACUACCUCUGUAUCGCGCGAAACAAGGUCUCAGAUGAUUAUCGCCGCCUGCGUGUCUCUGUUGUUACUAAGCCUGCCAAGAUCGAGCCCAAGCAACCACUCAAUCAGAUGGUGUCUUUUGGCACACCACUGAAGGUGGACUGCCAGGCAUCAGGACUGCCUGACCCAUCUGUCCGUUGGAGCCUACCAGAUGGAACCAUGGUGAACAGCGUGUUGCAGGGGGAGGACAGAGGAGGGAGAACACGGAGGCUAACUGUGUUUGACAAUGGGACGUUACUUGUACCAGCAGUAGGGAUGGGAGAAGAGGGAGAGUACACGUGUUAUGCUGAGAAUCAAGGAGGCCAAGACACCAUGAAGGUCAAAGUAAAAAUCAUGAGGACAUCUCUACCAACCUUUACUGAUGACAGAAGCCACCACGUGGUCAAAGUACGUGAAGGGGCAACAGCCACAAUUCCCUGCCAGGCCACUGGAGUUCCUGCCCCGACGGUCACAUGGUUUUCCCCGACCCGCCGUGUCAUCCCAAAAAGUUUGGGAUCUGGCUUUUAUUCCGAGAGGGUUGUGGUGGUUUCGGGUGGAACUUUAGAGGUGCGUCUGGCUCAAAAGAUCGACACAGGAACCUAUACCUGCCAAGCUAGCAACUCAGCCGGGGAGAGGAGCAUGCUGGUGGGCCUGGAGGUGGAGGCUGCUAACCAUGGACAGAGUGGCCAGGUGGGAGGAAGAGGUUGGAGUACUAGCUAUCAGCCUGAUAGUGGUCAUGGCAGUAGAUCAGGGGAAAGCACUAAUAAUGCAAGGAUACGUCAAGAUGGAUUUACCAAUGGAGACACAGACAAGCUUGGCAGCAGUGACAGCAGAAAUAAUGCCUAUGGUGCUAAUGAUGGCAGGACAAAAAGCAUUGUACCAAAUGAUGGCACUAACAUAGCGACCAGUGGCUUUUAUCCUGCCCUUAGGAGUGAUAGUCGAGAUGGAUUGAACAGACCUGUCAGUGGAAUCACCACACAACUAGGAAGAAGUGUUAUCAGUGUUGGAGUGAGUGGGGCUGGAAAUAUAGGCAUUAAAGCGGAUAACAUUGGAACAAAUCAAAAUGGACCCGGCAUUAUGAGUAAUAGUAAUAGCCUGAGUAGCAGUCACAGCACAGUUAGAUCAGAUAAUGUAGAAAGGAAUCCUGGGACUAAUGAAGUAAAUGCAGGAAAGGCUGGUAAUGGCGCUUACACCGGUAGAGAAAAUGGCAGGAUAAGUGUGUCUAAUACAGGAGCUGGGACUGGCUCACUCAGUGGAAAUGUGUUUAGCAGAAGUAGCAGUAAUGCUGUUAUAGCUGCUGGUACUAAAAACUAUAGUAACACUGUUGUGGGUGUGGUAACUACAGUCAAACAGCGAGCUGUGAAAGGCCAAACUGUGGUUUUGCCAUGCCUCUCCCAAGGCUCCCCUCCCCCUCGUGUGGCCUGGCUUCUGCCUGGUAAUGGUGUGUUGCCUGCUCCUUACUAUGGCAGCAGACUCACUGUGCACCGAAACGGCUCUUUGGAGCUGCGAGGAGUGCGUGCGAGCGAUUCUGGGACCUUAGUUUGUGUGGUCAGAAGUGAGAGAGGACAGACGAGGAUACAGGUGGAGCUGGAGGUCUCUGAGCCACAAGAGGAGGCCAGACUUUCACACAGGGGACGGGCAGAUGAAAGGCCUGUCAUGGGACAUGUUGGUGUAAUACAGUCGCCACGCCCGGGAGCCUCAUUAGAUUCAGCUAAAUCCUUAAGCUCAAGGCCAGUGUUGCCUGAGGCACUUCAUCCAAAAAUCCAAGUUACUCAAAAGCCUCUACACAGAGGCCAGUCUUUGCCUGCCGCACCUCGUCCUGUCGGCCCUCCACCCCGUUCCUCGAGCCCUGUGUCAGAGCCAGCAGUGAGCACCAGAACAGCUCCCUUAGUGAGCAUCGUUAAUGGAGAGAACCUCCGCCUGCCUUGUCCUGCUCCUCAAACCCAUGGAUAUACCCAGGGCUCUCUCUCAUGGACCAUGCCAAAUGGAAAAGUGCUGACCCGGGGUGAAAGUGAUGACUCAGGCCGAUACAAAGUCCAAGAAGAUGGAAUUCUAACAGUGCAACAGGCCUCCGUGUACGACCGCGGCAUCUUCAGCUGCAGAUCUACCAGUGGCGACUCAGUUUCAGUCAUCACGGUUCCCGUCAUCGUCAUCGCCUACCCGCCACGCAUCACAACAGGCCCCUCCCCUGUGACCUACACACGACCCGGGGUGGCUGUGGAGCUGCCGUGUAGGACAAUAGCGACACCCCGGGCGACCGUCACCUGGGAAACACCAGACCUGACACAGCUGAGGGUCAUGGGUCAGGCUCGUAUCUAUGGCAACCGCUACCUUAGUCCUCAAGGUUCCUUGGUGAUACAAAACCCGACAAGUAGGGAUACGGGAUUUUACAGAUGCACCGCCAAAAAUGUAAUAGGAGUGGACACCAGGGCAACCUACCUACAUGUUAUAUAACAGGGUGAAAUAAACACACACACGAACAGACAACGAGCAGAACGACGGAGACAGUCUACAGUACUGGUGGAUGAACUCCUCUGCUUAUAACAUUUUAUGUUUCCCACAUGCCCAAAGGAACUGCAAGGCUUUAUGUAGGAGAUACUGUUGAAUCUCCGAAAAGACAAUACUAAUAUACAUUAUGUCUCAUUUAUGUAUUUGUAUGACUUUGAUUUCAAUUUUUGAUUUGAAAUAUCAGGAGUUGAAGGAUUCUUUGCUGAUACAGCAUCAUACAUCAUACAUCAUACAGCACCUGUGGACUGUUUCAGUGCAAAGAUGUGUCACAUUUGAGUAUUGCUGAAAGACAAGCAAGCUUUACUUGGCCUGAUUGCUUUGUUUCAUUACUUUACACAUUCGUCCACUAAAAGUGAACUACAGUAUAGCAUACAGUAUUUGUAAUGACUGUAUCACUAAAUAUUGUAGAUAAAACACAGAAUAAGGACAAGAAAGACUUUUUCCUGUCCUUCACAAAUGUCAAAAGGCACAUUAAUAUUCGACGUGAUGUCAUAUCAAAUAAUCAUGUUUGAUUUUGGUGUAUAUUUAUAAAAUAUAAGAUUUUUUUAUAUACUUGCGAAAUGGGACGUCAUCAACACUAUUUAAAUGUCAACUUAAUAUUGACCUUUUAACUACAUUUUCUAAUUUAUAACGUACAUAAAAAGGUUGUAUUUUGUUGUGGUGCAUAUGUAGCGAACAGUAACUUAAAUUGGCAGCCUUGUUUGUAUUUUACUGCCUUACCGUUACAGUGAAUGUGUAGAAGACAUGAUGAGGGCUCAAGCGUCGUGAUCCAACCAGUUUAUUCAGGAUUUUUUGAACCUAUUAACUCUUCUUGUUAUGUUAUGGAUUUUAAACCUUGCCAAUAUUAUUCUACCACCAUUGAGAACAUCUCACAUUCUCACAGCAUUAAUGGGGCAGAAAGAGAUACGGUACAAAGCAUUCAUGCAAACACAAUAGUCAGUUCUUUGGAGAGUUAUCUUUGUGAUUAUUUUGAUAUUAAAGAUUGUAUAAAUGUAUGUGUGGUUUAAGAUCCUUCCCUAAGCUUGAGCACAAAGACAGCAGCUCAUAGUUAUCAUGUUUCCUCUUUCCUUUUAUGUUUUCUUUUCAUUUUGUCCUUAAAUUAUUUGUCUUGUAAAGUCUCUGUUGUAAGAUGUGCUUUGUCAUAAAGGGAGAAAUUAUUAAAUAUCAUUAUGUAUGUCAAUAGUUACCAAUGAAUGACUGCUUGCUAUAUCUU